AGAGAGAAGAAAAGCUAAAGGUCAUGGACUACUCACUCUGAGAGAAUGUGUGAGAGAGAGAGAGAGUGGGUGUCUCUCUAAAUUGGAAACAAAGAAACCUUUACAUCCAACCUCAACAACAACAAAGAUAGACAGCUGUUAUCUAUCUCUCUCUCUCUCAGAACCUCACACUAUUCUCCGUUUCGCCAGAGUUUUGGUGUUCUAGAUCUUUCUGCGAAAUCAAUUCUGCUUCCUCAGGAGCCGGCAACGCAACGGAGAGAUAAUUUUGAAGCUAAUUUAUUAGCAUUUCCGAGUUUGGAUUUGAUUUCCAGCUGCUUUGUUGUUUUGGUGGAGAAGAAGAGUGAGGAAUUGUUGUUGUUGGGAGGUAUGGCGGCAGACGGAGGGGCGCUUUCGAUGUUUUCGGUUGUGGAGGAUGUGCUUCAGCAGCACGGUACUAGUCGAACCGGAGAUCUUGAUUUAGUGGAGUCUAGAAAAGCUGAGCAAGCCGCAUCGAGAAGAAAUGAGGCGGCUGGGUGGCUUAGAAAGGUGAUUGGUGUCGUCGUGGCUAAAGAUUUGCCGGCAGAGCCUUCUGAGGAAGAGUUCAGGCUUGGAUUGAGAAGUGGGAUUAUCCUCUGCAAUGCUAUCAAUAAGGUUCAACCCGGAGCAGUGCCCAAGGUGGUGGAAAGUCCAUCUGAUUCAGCUUUGAUUCCUGAUGGAGCAUUGUCGGCGUUCCAAUACUUUGAGAAUCUGAGGAACUUCCUUGUUGCUAUUGAGGGGAUGGGGCUGCCUACAUUUGAGGCAUCUGAUCUUGAACAAGGAGGCAAAUCUGCAAGGGUUGUAAAUACAGUUCUGGCGCUCAAAUCCUACAGUGAGUGGAAACAUACGGGAGGAAAUGGGACAUGGAAAUUCGGUGGAAAUGUAAAACCGACCACGUCCGUCAAGUCUUUUGUGAGAAAAAACUCGGAGCCAUUUAUGAAUUCCUUGUCAAGGACCUCAUCAAUGAAUGAAAAAUCUUCAAACUCUUUCACCUCUGAUCUCGAUUCUAAUCAAAUGACUAGUUCCCGCUCCUUGAGUAUGCUUGUCCGUGCAGUUCUGUUAGAUAAGAAGCCUGAAGACGUUCCAAUGUUGGUAGAGUCUGUUCUAAACAAGGUUGUGGAGCAAUUUGAGCAACGCCUUUCCAGCCAAUAUGAAUUGACAAAUACAAGUCCAAAAGAUGUUGCUGUUUCUCAUGGCAACCAACCUCCAAUGAAAUUCGCCUCUUGUGAUAAAAGGAUAGAAGACAAUCUCAAAGUAAUAAAGAGAGAGGAAUCUUUUAAUAAAAGUUACAUCUCCGAUGAGGAAUCAAAAAGCCGGCUGCUUAAACAGCAAAUGAUUUUUGAUCAACAACAAAGAGAUGUUCGGGAACUAAAGCAAACCCUUCACACAACAAAAUCUGGUAUUCAGUUUAUGAAAAUGAAGUUUCACGAGGAGUUCCAGAAUAUUGGUUUGCACAUUCAUGGCCUAGCUCAUGCUGCGAGUGGAUAUCACAAAGUUCUUGAAGAAAACCGAAAGCUCUACAAUCAAGUCCAAGACCUCAAAGGAAGUAUCAGGGUUUAUUGUCGAGUGAGACCCUUCUUAUCUGGACAGUCAAAUUGUUUGAGCUGUGUGGAUCAUAUGGAAGAUGGAAAUAUCACUAUUAACACCCCCUCAAGGCAUGGGAAAGGACAAAGAACCUUCAGCUUCAAUAAAGUCUUCGGGCCGUCUGCAACCCAAGCGGACGUCUUUUCUGACAUGCAACCACUGAUUCGUUCUGUCCUUGAUGGUUACAAUGUCUGCAUAUUUGCAUAUGGUCAAACAGGAUCAGGGAAAACUUUCACCAUGACUGGACCCAGAGAGCUUACAGAGAAAAGCCAAGGUGUAAAUUAUAGGGCUUUGGGAGACUUGUUUCUCAUAGCAGAUCAAAGAAAGGACACUUUCCACUAUGAUGUUUCUGUUCAGAUGAUUGAGAUCUACAACGAGCAAGUCCGGGAUCUCCUUGUUACUGAUGGAGCUAACAAAAGAUUAGAGAUUCGCAACAGUUCUCAGACAGGUCUCAGUGUGCCAGAUGCAAAUAUUAUUCGUGUGUCCUCGACAUCUGAUGUUAUUGAUCUAAUGAACCUUGGACAUAAGAAUCGGGUUGUUGGUGCAACUGCUCUAAAUGAUCGAAGUAGUCGCUCUCACAGCUGCUUGACUGUUCACGUUCAAGGACAGGAUUUGACAACUGGAUCUAUUCUUCGUGGCUGUAUGCACCUGGUUGAUCUUGCGGGAAGUGAGAGGGUAGACAAAUCCGAGGUAACAGGGGAUAGAUUGAAGGAAGCACAACAUAUUAAUAGAUCUCUCUCAGCUUUGGGUGAUGUGAUUGCUUCCCUUGCACAAAAGAAUCCUCAUGUUCCUUAUAGGAAUAGCAAGCUAACACAGUUGCUCCAAGAUUCACUUGGUGGACAGGCCAAGACGCUUAUGUUUGUUCACAUAAGCCCUGAGCCAGAUGCUAUUGGUGAAAGUAUAAGUACACUUAAGUUUGCUGAACGAGUAGCCACAGUUGAGCUUGGUGCUGCCAAAGUAAACAAAGAUGGUGCAGAUGUGAAAGCUCUCAAAGAACAGAUUGCUGGUCUUAGGGCAGCACUGGCCAGGAGAGAAGAGGAAGCCGAACAACGCCCUGUUCUAGGCAGCUCUGAUAAAUACAAGACAAAAGCAGGGGAAUUGUCACCUCUUCCUCUGAACCAUCAGGGUACAGACAUCAUGGGAGAACAGUUUGGCUUCCGGCAACCAAUGGGAAAUCUUGGCAAUAUUGAGCUUCAUAACAACUCUGCCCCAAGGCAAAAAAGACAAAACUUUGAUGUUGAUGAGCUACUAGCAAAUUCACCUCCAUGGCCCCCAGUUAAGAGUCCUGGCCAGAAUCGUGGGGAUGAUGAUAAAGACAUGGGCUCAGGUGACUGGGUCGAUAAAGUUAUGGUGAACAAGCAAGAAGUAAGCAGAGUUGGAAAUCCCUUGGGAGGCUGGGGAGCAGACAAUGAGAACUUAUCUGAUGCUUUCUACCAAAAAUAUCUCCAAGAUUCUUCUAAAAUUUAUCCAGAACAAUCCUACAACAUGUUCACAGCAAGCAACGGGUUCAGUGUUGCUAGUAAUGAUGAUAUGGAUGACCUUGAUGCUGCCACUAGCGAUUCUUCAGAGCCAGAUUUGCUCUGGCAAUUCAAUCAAACUAAACUUAUCAGCACAGGCAACGGCAUUGGGUCUAAAACCAAGAAACCUAACGCAAAGCCAGUAAAAAGCCCAGAACUAAGCAAGCAUUUGAAUCCUUCUCUGGGCCCUUCGCCUUCACGGAAACCUUUGAAUGGGUUGCCACAUAGGACAGCACGGCAGCUAGCUCCAACAGCUGAGAUGAAACGCAAAGCUGCUCAUAGAAAGUAGUAGUGUUACCUUGACACGUUCAGAGGGUGAUUUUUUUUUUUUUUUGAUUUCUUUGAUUUGUUACAGAGAGAGAGAGAGAGAGAGGUUUCAUGUAUUUUUUCACUUGGAAACAAAAUCUUGUAAUCUUUAUAUACAGAUACAGAUAAAUGCAGCAAUAAAUCCAGUUGCUUGUACUGUUGUACAUAUGUAUAUGAGUGAAUCUAGCCACGGACUUGGGUCUGGACGACGGAUAAUUCUGUUUAUAAAUUCUGAAUUCCCAUUUCCUUUU